GCCUUCCUACCAAUGCCCCAGUAUGUUCUGUGAAACACCAAUGGUGCACCACAUCCGUCGCUUUGUUCAUGGGCAAGGCUGUGUGCAGAUUGUGCUAAAGGAGCUGGACUCCCCAGUGCCUGGGUACCAGCACACCAUCCUUACUUACUCGUGGUGCAGACUCUGCAAACAGGUGACACCAGUUGUUCCCCUUUCUAAUGACUCUUGGUCUAUGUCUUUCGCAAAAUACCUUGAGCUGAGGUUCUAUGGGUACCAAUACAGUCGAAGGGCCAAUGCAGAGCCUUGUGGUCAUUCCAUUCACCAUGACUAUCACCAGUAUUUUUCCUAUAAUCAGAUGGUGGCAUCUUUCAGCUACUCUCCAAUCCGGCUGCUUGAAGUGUGUGUCCCACUCCCCAAGAUCUACAUCAAACGACAGGCUCCAUUAAAAGUUACUAUUUUGCAGGAUCUCAAGGAUUUCUCACAAAAGGUGUCACAAGUGUAUCUUGCUGUUGAUGAUCGCCUUGCUUCUCUGAAAACGGACACUUUCAGCAAAACAAGAGAGGAGAAGAUGGAAGACCUCUUUGCCCAAAAGGAGAUGGAAGAAGGGGAGUUUCGGAACUGGACAGAGAAAAUCCAAGCAAGGCUGCUUUCAUCAUCACUAGACACACCUCAACAAUUGCAAUCUGUUUUUGAGUCUCUGAUAGCUAAAAAGCAAGGACUUUGUGAGAUGCUACAAGCCUGGAAUAAUAGAUUGCAGGAUCUGUUUCAACAAGAGAAAGGGAGAAAACGUCCAUCAGUACCACCCAGUCCUGGGAGACUGAGACAAGGUGAAGAAAGCAAGAUCAGUAGCAUGGACGCUUCCCCACGCAAUGCUUCUCCAGCACUGCAGAAUGGAGAGAAAGAGGAUCGUUUCCUGACUACGUUAUCGAGUCAGAGCUCCACAGGCUCCACCCAUCUGCAGCUGCCCACACCUCCAGAGGUAUCAGAACAUAUGACUGGUGCCAGCACACUCUCUGAACAGGAUACAACAAGCAGCUCAGAAGAUGUAUUUGAUGGACACUUGCUGGGAUCUACAGACAGCCAAGUGAAGGAGAAGUCUACUAUGAAAGCUAUUUUGGCUAAUUUUUUGCCUGGAAACAACUAUAACCCCAUUCCAUUUCCCUUUGAGCCGGAUAAGCACUACCUAAUGUAUGAGCAUGAACGUGUACCUAUUGCAGUCUGUGAGAAAGAACCAAGCUCCAUCAUAGCUUUUGCUCUCAGUUGCAAGGAGUACAGAAAUGCCCUGGAUGAGUUGUCCAAAGCAUCUCUGAAGAGCAGUUCUGAAGAAGGGCUACAAGCGAACAGCAUGCCAGACAGCAAGCCAAAGAGCAGUAGCCCUGUCCGUCUGCCUGAGGCUAACAUGGGUCCUUCAAAUCGCGGUGCAGAACCAGAACAGCCAAAGAAACCAUCUGGUGUUUUGUCUUUCUUCCGUGGCACGGGAGGGAAGAGCCCGGACCUGUCUUCCCAGAAGAAGGAGACCUUACGUGGUGCUGACAGUGCUUACUACCAGGUUGGACAGAUGGGCAAAGAGGGAGCAGAAAACCAAGGAGCAGAGACUCAAGAUGAUGGAGAUGGAGGAGAUGGACAGAAGAAACAGCUGGUGAAUCCCCAUGUUGAACUCCAGUUUUCAGAUGCAAAUGCCAAGUUCUACUGCCGGAUUUAUUAUGCUGGAGAGUUUCACAAGAUGCGUGAAGUGAUCCUGGGAAGCAGUGAAGAGGACUUCAUCCGAUCCCUCUCUCACUCUAUGCCCUGGCAGGCACGAGGGGGCAAAUCUGGGGCUGCAUUCUAUGUGACUGAGGAUGAUAGAUUCAUCUUGAAGCAAAUGCCUCGUCUGGAAGUCCAGUCAUUCCUCGAUUUUGCUCCACACUACUUCACUUACAUCACUAAUGCAGUUCAGCACAAGAAGCCCACAGCACUGGCCAAAAUCCUUGGAGUGUAUCGAAUUGGUUACAAGAACUCUCAAAACAACACUGAAAAGAAACUGGAUCUGCUUGUCAUGGAAAACCUUUUCUAUGGCAGGAAAAUGGCUCAGGUUUUUGACCUGAAGGGCUCCCUCCGGAAUAGAAAUGUCAAAACAGACACAGGCAAGGAAACUUGUGAUGUAGUUCUGCUGGAUGAAAACCUUCUGAAGAUGGUCCGGGACAAUCCUCUGUACAUACGUUCCCAUUGCAAAGCUGUGCUGAGAGCUUCCAUACACAGUGAUUCCCAGUUCCUCUCCAGCCAUCUCAUCAUCGACUAUUCCCUGCUGGUGGGUCGUGAUGAUACCAACAAUGAGCUGGUGGUUGGGAUCAUUGACUAUAUUCGCACUUUUACGUGGGACAAAAAGCUUGAAAUGGUAGUAAAGUCAACUGGCAUACUGGGAGGACAAGGUAAGAUGCCCACUGUGGUCUCUCCAGAACUGUACCGGACCAGGUUUUGUGAAGCUAUGGACAAGUAUUUCCUAAUGGUGCCAGACCAUUGGACAGGACUGGGCCUGAACUGCUAAGCUAAAGCCCAUAUUGGGAAAGCACAGGAGGACAAUGACCUCAUAAGCCACUCUCUUCCAGCAGUCUGUCCAGCAAUAUACAAGAGGAUUGCAGUUCCAUGUCUGCACUAACUACGUGUGUCAUGUUGUGAGGUGUGAAAUCUGCUUGUUGCACUUUAACCCUCUCUUGGAGGAUGAUAAGCAAACCUGCCUCACUAAGGAUAUAAGCUGAACAGCAUUGGUUAAAAGACAUCCCUUCUGUCAGUGGGGAAGGUGAUGCUAUCUCCUUGUAAGAGUACUGAAGAAGAUACUGUCCAGGUCAUGAUGGUGUAGAAGUACAAGAUCUCUCUAAGUCUUGCACUGCCAAAAUAGUGUUGAAUAUGUGCAGCUCAUGUUUCUGUAGUGGAUGUGUGGUACUGCAAAUGUGAAAUAAACCCCCUGUGCAUCAGUGGGUGAGAGAAAAAUGAAGUUAAUUCAUGAGUUCUACUAUUGUUGCAGUGGUCUGUAGUUGAACUGUUCAGGAUCCAUUAAUAACUUGUCCUGCUUAUGC